GCAGGGAUUGUCAGAUUGGAUUAAAAAAAGAGAUCCAACUAUAUGCUGCCUAUAGGAAACCUACUUGAAACAUAAAGGUGAAUCUGUGUUAAAUUCAAAAGCAGAUGAAGAAAGUCAUGUUAGCAUUAAUCAAAAGAAAGCUGGAAUGGCUAUGUUAAUAGCAGUGGAGAUACCGGGGCAUUUUACCUAACAGCAACAGAAUGCACAUUCUUUUCAAGUGUGCAUGGGACAUUCAGACCAUGUAUCUGCAUCAUAAAAUCAAUCUGAGAUUUUAAGAGGUUGAAAUCAUACAAGACAUAUUCUUUUUACCAUAGAGAGUUAAAUUAGAUUAACAAUAAAAUGCUAUAUGGGAAAAUCUGCAAAUAUUUGAAAGCAAGACAUGUAUCUAAAUAACUUAGGAGUCAAAGAAGAAAACACAAGAGAAAUUACAAAGUAUUUUGAACUGAAUAAAAAUGAAAACUUAACAUAUCAAAGCCUAUGGGAUUUCACCGAAGCAGUACUAAGAGGGAAAUUUGGAGUAUGUAAUGCUUUACAUUUAAAUUUAAAAAAAUUAAGUUCAAGUCAAUAGCCCCAGCUUUUACCUCAAGAAACUAGGAAAAAGAAGAGCAAAUUAAAUCCAUAGCAUGCCAAAGAAUCAAAAUAAUGAGCAGAAAUCAAUGAAAUGGAAAACAGUAGCAACAUGGAAAGUUGAUUCAAGCAAAAGCUGAAAUUUCUGUGAUAAUAAAAUGGGUAAACAUACAUGUAGCCCAUGUAAUGAGAAAAAAGAGAAAACACAAAUUACCCGUAAAAAGGUGAUAUCACUUCAAUAUCUACAGAAAAACAAGGGGAAAUGUGUACAAAUAAAUAGUAUAACUUUAUGACAAUGAAUAAAACCAGGUGAAAUGAACAAAUUUCUUAAAAGUCACAGAAUGCCAAAACUCACUCUAGAAGAAGUACUUAACCUGAGUAACUGUAUAUUUACUAGGAAAAUUUAAUUUGUAAUUAAAAUGUUUCCCACAGGGAAACUCCAGGCUCAGAAAGCUUCACUGAUGAAUUUUAUCAAAUAUACCAGUUCUACCUAAACUCCUCACAGAAAUAGAAGUGUCCACACUUGCAGAAUCUGUCUGUGAGGCCAGCAAACCAGAAAAAAACAUUGGAGGAAAAGAAAGCUACAGACCAAUAUAUUUUACCAAUACAGAUGCAAAAUUCAUAAAUCAUUGUUAAGAAAUAGUAAUGUACAUAAUGACUAAGUUUUGUGUUUUAAAUGACAGAUACUGCUGUAGUUUUAAGAUCUAGCCUCUAAACUGACUUGUUCUAAAGUAAACGGAAAUGAAGAUUUCUGGCUUUAUUUCCAUUGGUUCAUGCUGUUUUGUCAUUGCUCUUGGCUUAUAUUAAAAUAUAUUUGAUUCUCAAUGCUGGUUUUCUCAAGUGUACAUUUUAGACAUUUAAGAAAUUAUCAUACCGAGUGAGGCUGAGAAUUUAAGACCUUAACAAAAUACUGUCCUCUGGCCCUGCAAAGGCUUAUGUUCUGUCAUUUCUUGGGAAAGUGCUCUAGCCAAGGUCGUUUCAUUACACUGGCACAGGCUUGUUAAAUGGUGUGAUGAUGCCGACUGAGAGCAUUUUAAAUGUAGCUGCAGUUCUGCUCGGCACAGCCCUGUUGCUCAUUUGCUCUCUUUGGGGCUCCUUGGUGGCCGUGGUGUUGGGACAGCCGCCCGUGUGGGCAGCCCGAGCUUGGAGGCGCGAGGACCACUGUUCGAUCUCUAAGGACAAACGCUCCUCUGCCUGGGCGGGCCGAUGUGGGAGGUUUUGAGUGUACUUGAAUCAUCUUCUCUGUUACCUACGGACAUUGCCUGCGUAUGAGACGUCACUCUAUAUAGAAAGGUAUGUCUUUUCACUGUACAUUCUUUCCUUUUUAGGCUAGAACUGGUGUUAAAACAUCACUAUUCUUUAUAAAGUAAUCAAAGUAGUGGCUAAAAUCAAAAACUUACGACCCUCUGUAUCUUAAUCGUUAUGCUUUGCAGUUCUAGGGUCAUUUUUCAGCAGCUUUUGCAUUUUGGUUGCAUGUUGCUUCCUCCUGAUAGAUAGGACAGCAACUGAUAGACGAGUAUUGAUGAUGAAAUAUAAAGAAGAAAAGUUUGUGUCUUGGCACCUUUGUUAGUACAUUUGUAUCUCAAGACUGUCAGAGCCCUGUUUGGAGGGAGUGUUGAAAUGAGAGGAGGUAAUGUUGACAGAACUGGUUUUCAGCACUCCAGGUAUUAAUGGAAACAUUUAUUCCUUCAAGAUCUUUUCUUCCAAAUUCAGACUGGUGCUUGUUGUCCAGGACAGCUGAUUUUCUGCUGAUUUCACUCUUACCCACAGUCACCAAAUAUAAAGCUGUACUUAAAAGAAUAAGUAAUUUGGUCUCAUUUACAGAUUGUUUAAGAAAUUUCCAUUUGGGUUUUAUUUUUAAUGGAAAUUGGAGUAUUUGAACUUAAGCCUUUUUGAAGUCUUUAAAGAGAGAGAGAAGCUAUAAAUCAUUUAAUAUCCAAUAUCUAAUGAUUUUUUAAUCAACUAUUUUAUAAAAUGUAUCAUUCAGUGGUUAUCUUGUUCAGUUAUACAGUUUUAAAUGUUUUCUCCCUCCUGUAGAGGAAAUACUAUUGAAAUGUUCACAAUUUUAAUACUAGAACAAAAACUCUGCAGCCUAGUUCUUUAUUCAGGGAUAUGGGAAAUAAUGUAUUCGUUGGUCCAGGCAUUCUUUUUAUUAUUUGAUUACAUGAGGAUAAUAAAACUACAGAGAAUUUUCAAUAUUUCUUUUUCUUGUAUUUGCAAGCAUUAUAAUUUAAAAUCAAUGUCUACAUUAUAAAAUUUAUUUUUCUUUUAUCAUUUUGUGAACAGUUUUCUAUGGUUUUAGCAACAAUGUAUAAUUAACACUAGGAAUCAGUGUUACUUUAGAAUAGAAUGAUAAGCUAAAUGUUUAUCUUAUUUUCAAGGAGAAAAACUGUUUCUGGUGUAAUAACCUUGCUAAAAAGUCUUAAUUAGUGUAUGUAGGAGCAGUCUAGGGUAAGAUUUAUAUGUAACUUCUAUAGCAAAGUGACCUUUUAAUAAUACCAAUUUGUUUGCAAGCCAGUAGGUAGAGAAGGUACUCAUUUCCCCUCUAUUUUGAGAUAGGGAGUGUAAAAUUUAGUAGGUGAACAGCUAGCCUGUUCUGUCUUUGAAGAAAAUCAUCCUUCAAGAUAGCCCUCUUGGUUGAUGAGGAACACAACGAGCAUAUGUGCUGCCUGGACCCAAGCCUGAUGCUAUUGAUAGAUACUACUUUUUUAAAAUAUCAGUGUACCAGUGUCUUUGAUUUUAUUUCAUUUUAGUAAAAUGAAAAUAUUAAUGCUAGCCUUUAUUAAUCCAGUAACUGGCUCAUGAGCUUUCUUCCAAAGUUAUGACUUCUUGCCAGACAUUGUGUCCUCUGGAGAACUUCUGGGAUGUGCAGACCCUGUGUCCUCUGGAGAACUUCUGGGAUGUGCGGAUCCUGUGUCCUCUGGAGAACUUCUGGGAUGUGCGGAUCCUGUGUCCUCUGGAGAACUUCUGGGAUGUGCAGACCCUGUGUCCUCUGGAGAACUUCUGGGAUGUGCAGACCCUGUGUCCUCUGGAGAACUUCUGGGAUGUGCAGACCCUGUGUCCUCUGGAGAACUUUUGGGAUGUGCGGAUCCUGUGUCCUCUGGAGAACUUCUGGGAUGUGCAGACCCUGUGUCCUCUGGAGAACUUCUGGGAUGUGCGGAUCCUGUGUCCUCUGGAGAACUUCUGGGAUGUGCAGACCCUGUGUCCUCUGGAGAACUUUUGGGAUGUGCGGAUCCUGUGUCCUCUGGAGAACUUCUGGGAUGUGCAGACCCUGUGUCCUCUGGAGAACUUCUGGGAUGUGCAGACCCUGUGUCCUCUGGAGAACUUCUGGGAUGUGCAGACCCUGUGUCCUCUGGAGAACUUCUGGGAUGUGCAGACCCUGUGUCCUCUGGAGAACUUCUGGGAUGUGCAGACCCUGUGUCCUCUGGAGAACUUCUGGGAUGUGCAGGCUCUGUGUCCUCUGGAGAACUUCUGGGAUGUGCAGACCCUGUGUCCUCUGGAGAACUGGGAUGUGCGGAUCCUGUGUCCUCUGGGGAACUUCUGGGAUGUGCCGACCCUGUGUCCUCUGGAGAACUGGGGUGUGCGGAUCCUGUGUCCUCUGGAGAACUUCUGGGAUGUGCUGACCCUGUGUCCUCUGGAGAACUUCUGGGAUGUGCAGACCCUGUGUCCUCUGGAGAACUGGGAUGUGCGGAUCCUGUGUCCUCUGGGGAACUUCUGGGAUGUGCUGACCCUGUGUCCUCUGGAGAACUUCUGGGAUGUGCGGAUCCUGUGUCCUCUGGAGAACUGGGAUGUGCGGAUCCUGUGUCCUCUGGGGAACUUCUGGGAUGUGCCGACCCUGUGUCCUCUGGAGAACUGGGGUGUGCGGAUCCUGUGUCCUCUGGAGAACUUCUGGGAUGUGCUGACCCUGUGUCCUCUGGAGAACUUCUGGGAUGUGCAGACCCUGUGUCCUCUGGAGAACUACUGGGAUGUGCAGAUCCUGUGUCCUCUGGAGAACUGAAAUGUGCAGACCCUGUGUCUUCUGGAAAACUCCUGGGAUGUGCAGGCCCUGUGUCCCCUGGAGAACUGGAUGUGCAGACCCUCUUUCCUCUGGAGAACUUCUGGGAUGUGCAGACCCUGUGUCCUCUGGAGAACUGGGAUGUGCAGACCUUGUGUCAUCUGGAAAACUCCUGGGAUGUGCAGGCCCUGUGUCCCCUGGAGAACUGGAUGUGCAGACCCUCUUUCCUCUGGAGAACUUCUGGGAUGUGCAGACCCUGUGUCCUCUGGAGAACUGGGAUGUGCAGACCUUGUGUCAUCUGGAAAACUCCUGGGAUGUGCAGGCCCUGUGUCCCCUGGAGAACUGGAUGUGCAGACCCUGUGUCCUCUGGAGAACUGGGAUGUGCAGACCCUGUGUCCUCUGGAGAACUGGGAUGUGCAGACCUUGUGUCAUCUGGAAAACUCCUGGGAUGUGCAGGCCCUGUGUCCCCUGGAGAACUGAAUGUGCAGACCCUCUGUCCCCUGGAGAACUGGAAUGUGUGCACUGCUCCUUCGCACCUCCCUCUUCUGUCCUCACGUGACCCCCUGUCCUGCUUCAUCGUGCCCCUCCACGUUUGUGUACUCGUCUUCCCUGUGUCCCUGCCUUCCAUUCACUCUGCCCUGUAUCUUUCUUCCUGCUUCUCCCCGAAUCCUCUGUAUCUACAGUUUUCAAAGAACUUUAAACUAAUAACCUCUUUAAAAUCUGCUGGAAAUGCUGUAUCCUCUCCUUGGAAAAAUAUAAAAGCCCCUUAUUUCUUAGCUUUAUGUCUCAUAUCUUCUCCCAUGAAUUAUUCAGGUUUGCCACUGUCUGAACUUGCUUCUGGUUUUGAGCAUGUGGCAAACUUGGUUAGUCAGAAAAUUUCAGAAAUAAUAGAGUAAAAAAAUAGCUCACAUGUUGCAUUUAAUGUGGAUGUUUUCUGUUGUUUUUCUUAUCUGGAUAAAUGUAAACCAUUCUUCCCUUUAAUUAGGAAGUUUUCAUUUUUAGAAUGGCCAAGAAUUUAAUGUUAGCUUAAGUAAGUAGAAGAGGUGCUUUUAAAAAGAGAUGUGUGCAGUUUUCUUUAACAUAAUAGAAAUAUUAUUUCUCUAUUACACGGUAUACAUUUAUGUAUAUGACUAGAAUGUUUUUAUUUCUGGGUUCCAG